UCGGUUGCCAUGGAACUAUAAAACAAUGUCAAGUAUGUUAGAUAACACGGCGCAAAAACCUACAUAGCUUUUGGAAAAUAGCUUAAUGUUAUUUAACGGUAGAAACGUCCCAGGUAUGUUGGAAGGAUAAGCUUUGUGCAGCAUGGCUUAUGCACAGCAUCCCAAAAAGACGGGACUGCCCAGGGAGGUCGUGAAGUGGCUGCAAAACCUCGACUUGUCGUUUUAUCCAAAGAAUGUGCGCAGGGAUUUUUCCAACGGUUAUCUUGUGGCAGAGAUGUUUUCUCGGUACCACCCUGAAGACUUUCCAAUGCACUCAUAUGAUAAAGGAUCCUCACUCUCUGCCAAGCAGUGGAACUGGAGCCAGAUAGAGAGGUUUUUGCAGAGGAAGAAACUGCAUGUGAUGAAGGAGGCCAUUUAUGGAACCAUCCACUGUAAACCAGGAGCAGCUGAACUGGUGGUGCAGGAGAUUUAUACCAUUUUAACAAAGCAAAGCAUUAAGGGUUUUCAGGGCCCAAAGACAGACUUCACUGACCAGGAGUACCAGGAGCAGCUGCCCAUGGUGGCACGCUCCACAGCCUCCAAGGCCAUCAAGAACAACCUGAGGAUAACUGAGAUCAUGGCCGAGCCCAACAUCAGCACUAACCAGACGAAGGCAGAGGCCAUCAUCCGCAGGCACCUGGAGCUGAAGGCUGCAGAGAGGGCUUACAACCCUGGACAUUUUAAGGGGAAGUCCACCAUGGCUCAGCUGGCUGCCACAUCACUCCUUUCAUCGUACCAGGGAGACCAGUGCUCUGGAAGCUCUGCAUCUGUAGGCACCUCAUCAAAGUCACCACCCUCAUCUCUGCAGAGUGGACCUAUCGUUUCCUUUAAGGAGAUCAAGGUACACCAGCCUUUCAGACGCUCUCUGGUUGACUAUUAAAGGGACUGAAGGAACCUGUCCUUCUCUAUGGUGUGUGUUCACUUUAUGUGUCCCUUUUCUUUGACCCUGUUUAUACUUGCUUUUAAAAUGCAUUUUGGGUGAUCGGAUUACAAGUGGACAAUACCAAACACAAGUGUAAACGACUACAAAGAUGCAUUGUGAUCACUUACACCACUUGCUGAGGGAGUCUGGGGUGCAUUUAACCACCUAUCAUUUGUGGCGUGAAUGAAAAUGCAUCCUGAUGAGUCCCCAACAAGGAUGUUGUGAGGGAAGUGAUGUUGGUGGAAUCCAAACACAAGUGAAACUAAGACACUUUGGAGAUCACAUUAAAACACAUUAA